UUUACAUCUUGUCUCUCUAUAUAUACACGUUAUAUCCACACUCGUUCACACAUACAUUUCAAUUUCAUACACGUUAUCAAUCUCUCUCCAUUCUCAGAUUCACAAUAUUCUUGUGGAUUCUUCCAAAUUCUAAUCAAAUUUUAAAGAAAAAGAAAACAAAUGGACGCAGCGAGUAGUGUUGACGAGAGCUCGACAAGUACGAAUUCGGUUCAUACUCCUGCGAAGACUCCUCCGGCGCCGGCAAGAAAGUCGUCAUCCCGGGCGAGUCUAUACCGAAUGGGAAGCGGGUCAAGCGUGCUUUUGGAUUCCGAGAACGGCGUCGAAGCCGAAUCAAGAAAGCUCCCGUCGUCAAGAUUCAAAGGCGUCGUCCCUCAGCCAAACGGGAGAUGGGGAGCUCAGAUAUACGAGAAGCACCAGCGAGUCUGGCUCGGCACGUUCAACCAAGAAGACGAAGCUGCACGUGCCUACGACGUCGCAGCUCACCGUUUCCGCGGCCGCGACGCCGUUACAAACUUUAAAGCUGUAACGACGUUAGAUAACAACGGAGACGAAGUCGACUUCUUGAACGCACAUUCCAAGUCCGAGAUCGUUGACAUGUUGAGGAAACACACUUACAAGGAGGAGCUAGAGCAGAGGAAACGUAACCUUCACGGUAAGGGAAAAAACACGAAAGAGACGGCGUUUGCUGCCGUUAGGGUACCGACGGGGUUUAAAACGGCGGAGACUCUGUUUGAGAAAGCGGUAACGCCGAGUGACGUCGGGAAGCUAAACCGUUUGGUGAUACCGAAACACCAAGCGGAGAAACAUUUUCCGUUACCGUCAGCUGGAGACGUUUCCGUUAUUAGAGGGACGCUGUUAAGUUUCGAGGACGUUAACGGAAAAGUGUGGAGGUUCCGUUACUCGUAUUGGAAUAGUAGUCAAAGCUAUGUGUUGACUAAAGGCUGGAGCAGGUUCGUUAGAGAGAAGAGACUCUGUGCCGGUGAUUUGAUCAGUUUUAAAAGAUCCAACGGUCAGGAUCAACAGUUGUAUAUAGGGUGGAAGGCGAAAUCCGGGUCGGAUCAGGAUACGGGUCGGGUCGUCGUGAGAUUGUUCGGCGUUGACAUUACUUCUUUGAAGUCUGAAAACGGUGGCGUAGUGAAGGAAGAAACGGAGAUGCUGUCUUUAAGGUCUAAUAAAAAGCAACGCCUUGUAACUACAAUUUAACAACUCAUUUCUCCUCUUUGGUUUGUUUGUUUUUUUUUUGAUCAAACAGUUUGUUUUUCUGUAAUUUCCUGGUAAAACAACGUUUUUUUAAUUUU